UCUCACAGUCUGUGUGUCUGAGAGGAGAAAUGGCGCAGAAAGGAGUUGAUCUGGAUGAAGAAAGCCUCUGCUGUUCCAUCUGUCUGGAUCUGCUGAAGGAUCCGGUGACUAUUCCCUGUGGACACAGCUACUGCAUGAAAUGUCUUCAAGGAUUGUGGGAUGCAGAGGAGAAAGUCCACAGCUGUCCUCAGUGCAGGAAGACCUUCACACCGAGGCCUGUUCUGGUGAAAAAUUUCAUGUUUGCAGCUUUAGUGGAGCAGCUGAAGAAGACCAGACUCCAAGCUGCUCCUGCUGAUCUCUGCUAUGCUGGACCUGAAGAUGUGGUCUGUGACGUCUGCACUGGAAGAAAACUGAAAGCCAUCAAGUCCUGCUUGAGCUGUCCGGCCUCUUACUGUGAGGAACACCUUCAGCCUCAUUUGAAAGCAGCUGCAUUUAAGAAACACAAGCUGGUGGAACCCUCCAAGAACCUGCAGGAGAUAAUCUGCUUGCGUCAUGAUGAGGUGAUGAAGAUGUUCUGUCGCACUGAUCAGAAGAGCAUCUGUUAUCUCUGCUCUAUGGAAGAACAUAGAGGCCACGACACAGUCUCAGCUGCAGCAGAAAGGACUGAGAAGCAGAGAGAGCUGGAGGAGAGUCAGCAACAAAUCCAGCAGAGAAUCCAGGACAGAGAGAAAGAGGUGAAGCUGCUUCAACAGGAGGUGGAGGCCAUCAAUCACUCUGCUGAUCAAAGCGUGGAGGACAGUGAGAAGAUCUAAGCAAUAUAAUUUAUUUGCAAAAUCCUAAAACCAUUUAAAAUGAAGAAGUUAAAAAGAUCGGCACCACAGACGCCUGUUCACUGGGCUGAGGACACUUUUUUUUUACUAGGCCAGGUGGAGGCUCCCAAAUAAAAUGUCAACUUAUAAUAUAAAUCACCCCACUCACGUGAUAAAAACACUCACACGGUGAACCCUUCACCCGAAGACACGCCACUCCAAACCGGGGAAGGCUUCCACCUUACACACAGGACUGACGCCUGGGUCCUCAGUGCUGGUGACAAAACAAAACAGGCUCUAUAAAAAGUUGGAGACAAUAAUUGAAUAGUUCAUCUAAAAACAAACUAAGAACAACGGGUCCCAGCAGUUCGGUGACCCAGAACCAACCCUAAAAAGUACAAGAUUAAAAUAAAACACCAGUUGGCUACUCAGGCGGGGGUUAGCCGUUCACUCGGAUGCUGCACAGUGCAGUGAGUGCCGCUCGUUUUUGCUUUGGGGUAGAUGAGGGGAGUUCAGGCCCCAAAAUGUCCCGGUCGCCUCCUUGGCGAGCACUCCAGACAAACCCUCCUGGAAGUCCAAACUGGAUCCUUUUCCACGCAGGAUCAAUAAAAGGUUCU